AUGGGCGAAUACACAAACGAGAACAUGAACACCACCGCUGACUCCGAGGAGACUUCUACAAAACGACCCGAGACAGAGCAUGCCGCACUUCGCUCUGAAGCUCUAGGUGGCGCAAAUUCCGUAGACUCUAAUGAAAAAGAUGCCGAAAUUGCCAGUAAUAAUGUUGGAAAUGCCACUCAAGCUGGUGUGCAAAACAUUGAGGCCGUCUCAAUGACCUGGACAACAUGUUCCUUGGUAAUAGCAUACAUUGGUAUAUUUCUCAUCUCCUUUACCACCUCGCUCGAAUCACAGGUGGUCAUGUCACUUUCUAUUUUUGCUACAAGCUCGUUCAACAAUCACUCUUUAAUUUCUACAGUUUUGGUGGUGCAGAGUGUUUUCAUGGCUGUCAUUAAAACGCCUAUGGCAAAAACCGCCGAUGUAUUUGGUCGACUCGAGGCCUUCUCCAUUUCAAUCUUCCUUGCCGUGCUCGGCGGACUUACAAUGGCCAUUUCCAGCAAUGUUCAAACCUAUGCCGCAGCUCAAAUAUUCUACGCAGCUGGUUCAACUGGUCUCCAAAUCCUCCAGCAGAUUUUCAUUGCUGAUACGACUGAUCUCCUCAAUCGUGCUUUGUGGUCCAGUUUACCGCAAAUUCCAUUCUUGAUUACUGUAUGGAUCGGCGCGCCUAUCGGAGACAAAAUUUUGAAAACGACAACAUGGAGAUGGGGUUAUGGUAUUUGGUGUAUACUCCUACCAGCCGUAUUUUUACCAUUGGCAUUGUCUCUGUUUCUUAACAAUAGGAAAGCGAAGAAAGCUAACCUCACUGCUCCAUCCCCUUGA